AUGGCCACCCGUUACAGCAGUGAUGUGCAGAAGAGCAUCUCUGAACGCACAACCCGUCGAACCUCGGAGUGGAUGGGCUCCAGCAACAGGCGAUCUCGAACACGGAGGAGCUCAGCGGGCCAGGCAGCAUCUGUGGGAAAGAGUACAGGCGACGUUUCGGGGCGAGACGUCCGACUGCUGUCUUUUGCUCCGUUUGCUGAGAAUGUUUGCAUUCGGACUGCAGCAGCCGCUGCAACCCUGCGGGUACAUCAGAACAGUUUGAAGGGAAGAGUGGACCAUUCUGUGCUCCUCCCCGCCUCUUACACAAUCUCGGACCCGCAGGGUUAUCUGCGGAUCAAAUGGAGCAGGGCCGGGAAAAGAAUUGUGGAAUACAGAUGCAUAUCAGAGCAAAAUAGCAACGCCAAUGAAUGCAACCAAGUCCUGUCUUACUCAGAUCUCUAUCAACACCGGGUUGUUCUUUUCCCGGAGAACGCCUCGCUGCUGCUGAAACAUUUGCAAAUUAACGACAGUGGCCUUUAUCAAUUAUCUGUUAGCCAGGCGAGAGGAAUCCAAAGAGGAAGGUUUAACUUAACUGUCCAGGCUGACAACACAAAUGAAACUGACCACGAGGAAAUAACGGAUACAGACAAGAAGAAAACGUCAGGAUUCAAUGACAACAUUCGAUAUGUUACUCUUACUCUUAUUUUGUUUUUCUUCUGUUUUACCAUGAAGAUGCAUAGAGAUUCUAAACGAGCUCAAAAGCGAUCAAAAAAAGGAAAUGCUUCUCAGAAUGGUCAGAAGAAUCCAACGACAAGCAACCCCACGGUAAUAUACUCUGAUGUGAACUCAUCAGACUAUGUAGGAAUUACUGGAAAGGCAGAUGAGUGGUGAUACAACAGAAGAAGGCCAUUUUCAGAAACUGAGUAAUUAUUCAUAAAAUAAUGUCAACCUUGUUUGUAUGAAUUGUUUUUAUUUGUUCAAACAAAACGUGUAGAUGUGUUACCUACACACAUUAAGGAAUAAUUGGCCAAUGGACAAGAAAUUAUCUCCUGGUGCUUGUGCUCUGAAGAAUGAAAUUUCUUGAUCAGAUUAAGGAAAGCGCAUUUGAGAGAAUUUGUUUCAAGUCUUCAAUACAUAUUGUCAACAUAUACGUUUGAAAAGGUGUUGCAUUCUCAUCACUGAAACAAAUAUUUUCUGCCCCUGUGAGUCUCUCUCUACAUCUGAGUCUACCUGAACUGAAGCCAAUAGUAACCGGAGGGUGAAACUUAAUUUGACACUAAUUCAUGCCAAGAGAUUCAUCUUCUACAUUUUCCUAGUGUUUGGUCUGACAUUACAGUAGUCAAUUUCCACUGAGUACACAACAACUUGAUUAUCGUCUAUAUUGUAAUUUUUCUUGUUUAAUUUUCUUUUAACUAUGUUUGUAUAAUCACCCAUUUGUCUAUAAAUGCUCAGUGGAUUAUCAGUACUUUUUAUAGUUUCUUUUUAUAGUUUCUUUUUAUAGUUUUCAGCAGAUCCCAUAUACAGCCCUGUCCUUCGGUCGAGGCUGAUUCCUUGCAUCGGCAACCACACUGAUCCUCUCUCCACACCACUCAACCCCAUACUCACCUAGAUACUGUGCAACUAUCAGACAUUAUGAGAUUGCCACACUUUUGCAACCUUGCAGUUUGAAAACUGGUAAAAUGUUCCCUAUGCUACAACCACAACUACACAUUCUAAAGUAUGUCAGCUUCUGUGAAGCACGUUGGGGUAUCCUGAGUUCAUAUAAAGUAAACACAAGCCCUUCUUUCCUUUGGUUUUAUACUUGUGUGCAGUUGUAUGCCACGGGACUUGUGCCACUGGGUGCAGGUGCACCAAGCUUUAUUAAAGUUCAAAGUAAAAUUUGUUAUCAGAGUACA